AUGUGCGAUUCUAUCUUUCGCUUCGGGAUUUUCAGGGAGGUUCUCUUCUACCUGCUGUGUAACGUUCUCCCACCAUGCCUCAGCACCGGCCUCCACGCAGAGACAGUUCCUGUUUCUGUCCAAUCACAGCAGAGAUUGUGUCCUCAGACCAAAGUGGGAGAAAAACAUCUUCCAGGAUUUUAUAUUAUGGCUCAGUUUCAAAUCGCCGAGCUCGCCAGGAGAGGGACCGUUAAGAAGGUACCCGGAUGGACUCCUCAGCACGCUGCUUAUAAAAUCGGGCCAGAGUUCAACUUCAGGAUAAACACCAGAUCCGCAUAUCCCGCAGGACUGCCUGAGGAAUUUGCAUUUGAAGCUGUUUUUCGGAUGGAGGGGAGCACACUGAGUAAAAACUGGAAUAUUUGGCAAAUGCAAGACCAAAAUGGCAAAGAGCAGCUUGCGGUCAGGCUGAAGGGACAGGCCUUCUCCCUGGAGUUCUCCUACAUAACUGCGGAGAACGGAGCGAUGACCGCUCUUUUCCCUUACCUGCCCUUUCUCUUUAAUUCUCAGUGGCAUAAAAUCUUACUGGUUGUGAAAAAAGGCACGGUCACUCUCAUACUUGACUGCGUGUUAGUAGACUCCCAGCAGCUGCCCCCUCGGGGGGUGGUCAGUCUGGACGGCUUCACUCAUAUCGGCAAAUUAAAGGACAAUCCAGCUAUUUCAGUGCCGUUUGAACUGCAGUCAAUGCUGAUACACUGUGACGUAACAAUUCCUCAAAGGGACACCUGUGGACAUCUGCCCGCUAGCAGCUCGGUAAGACUCGCAGAGUUUCAGAGGAACGGAGGACCAGCUGGCCCACCAGGACCUGCUGGAGUCCCGGGAAUCGAUGGAAUUUCUGGGGAGAGAGGUGAAGAUGGAGAAGAUGGCUCAGCUGGACCCGACGGCGAACCUGGAAAACCGGGAUCGGCGGGACUUCCCGGACUGCCUGGAGCUGAUGGUUUGACUGGCCCGGUGGGAGACGCAGGUCCGGAUGGCCCCCCUGGACCGAAGGGAGAACCUGGUAAACCUGGACCUCGUGGAGAAGCUGGUGUUGGACCUGAUGGACCUCUUGGACCACCUGGGCCUGGUGGACUUCCGGGCCCACUUGGUAAAGUUGGUCCCCCUGGGGCCAUGGGUGUCAGAGGGCCACAGGGACCCCAGGGGCCAGUAGGACCUCGCGGUGCUGCAGGAGUGCUGGGUGGAACAAUGGAGCUGUGCCCCAAUGCGUGCCCACCUGGAGCGCCUGGCCAUCCUGGACUGCCUGGCAUGAAAGGUCACAAAGGAGUGAAGGGGGAGGCUGGAGAACCCGGUAAACAGGGACACAAGGGAGAGGAGGGAGAUCAGGGAGCCCCAGGAGAGGUUGGAUCCCAAGGCCCGACUGGUCCGCAGGGAAUCCGAGGGGCUACAGGGAUGAUGGGUGCCAAAGGAGAGAUGGGACCUCGAGGCAACGAUGGAGAUCCAGGUCCUCAGGGAGUUGCAGGUGCCACUGGUGACCGUGGCCAGAGGGGCCUGAUGGGAGAGACGGGCCCCAGGGGUGAACAAGGAUCCCAAGGACCGAGAGGCAACACCGGUCUUCCAGGGCCGAAAGGAGAGGGAGGUUUGCCGGGUGUAGAUGGGCGUGAGGGAAUUCCUGGAAUGCCUGGAUCUAAGGGUAGCCCUGGCAAACCUGGAGUUCCUGGGGAGGUCGGACAGCAAGGGCUUCCCGGUUUACCUGGCGUUCCAGGGCCGAAGGGAGCUAGUGGUGUGAAGGGUAAUGCUGGACAGCCAGGCCUCAUUGGAACUAUGGGCUCUGCUGGGAGACAGGGAGAACGUGGAGAACAGGGAGAAGUUGGACCUGCUGGACCUAUUGGUGGACCAGGAGACAGAGGAGAGCAAGGGCCAACUGGACCUAUGGGGAAACCAGGAGCCAGAGGCCCGAAAGGUGACCUCGGCCUGCCUGGACUUCCUGGACCCCCAGGCGUGCCCGGAGAGAAAGGAGAGCGGGGUGAGUCUGGAGAACCUGGACCGAAAGGAGAACAGGGAGAUCAAGGCCCAGAGGGAAACCCCGGAGACAAAGGAGACGUCGGUGCUACUGGAGAGCCUGGAGCGAAGGGAGCGGUUGGUAACCCAGGAGAACCAGGGAACAGAGGUCCCGAGGGAUCGCGUGGACAGCCAGGCAUUGAGGGACCCCCGGGCAGUCCUGGACCUCGCGGCAUGCAGGGAGACAGAGGCUCUCCAGGCCCUCGCGGAUCACAGGGACCGGCGGGCAAAGAACCGAGUGAUCAGCACAUCAGACAAGUCUGCAUGCGGGUAAUGCAGGAGCAACUGGCUCAGUUAGCUGCCAGUCUGAGGAGGCCUGAGUCUGGAGCUGCGGGGCUGCCUGGCAGGCCUGGACCCCCUGGUCCUCCCGGACAACCAGGGGACAGCGGUUUCCCUGGGCAAGCUGGAGCAAGAGGACUCCCUGGCCUCAAAGGACCACCAGGACAAAUGGGUCUUAAAGGGCCUAAAGGCGAAAUGGGCGACAGAGGAGCUCGAGGGCCAACAGUGCGGGGACCCAAAGGCAUUCCAGGACCACCCGGCCUGCCAGGUGAGCCCGGUAAGCCCGGUUACGGUCAGGACGGCCGUGAUGGAGAGAGAGGUCCGCCAGGUUUUCCUGGGCAGCCUGGCGUUCCUGGACCUCCCGGCGCUGCCGGCCCCCCUGGCUACUGCGACCCCUCAGCGUGUAACCUGAGCGCCGGUGCUGCACAUCAGGCCCUGAAAGACUCCAACCUCAAGGGACCGGGCGGUAACUGAGUUCUCACAGGACAUCAGGGGGACGUGGACUGAGACGGAGAGACAUGUGGACAGCAACCUUCUCACUAAAGCUUGCGCCUUUUCCGCCGCGGUGAAGUGAGAACGUUCUGUGCCGGCACGCCCCCCCGGUGCUGACCACAUCUGUAAUAAAAGAACAAACUUUUACCUCCAGCGUAAACUGGAACGUUGUUUAGAAACAUUUUGGAGAGUUUCUUACCUGAUUUUCAGUCGUCGGAAAACCGUUUCACUUUUCAGAAAAUCUUCUGGCCACAUGGUCACCGUCGUCUAAAACCUGUAGCACAGGAUUUUUACUGGAUCCAACUAGUCAGUUACCUUACACUGCAAACAGUGGUAUCCAUCAAGCGUAUUGUUUCUAGUUCUCGUUUGUAGCCGGGGUACCUCACUAUGUGCCAAAGAUAAAUUUACGGAAAACCUACUGUUUAUCAGCGUGUACAGAGAUUUUACAGAACCUGCUUUCUUAAAUAAAAAAGGGAGAGAGGAUUUUAGAUUUAUUCUUCUGGGCAUCUGUGUAAAUGUUUUGAAUUGUAGUUUAAUAUGAAAUUUCUGUUUUCAGCAGCAGAGAAGUUUGUUUACUCUCAAUUGCAGGAAAAGAGGAGAAUUAUUGAUAUAAUGUCCAGUUCGGGAGCAUCAGAUGGUAAAGUAUUACUGCUAGGAAAAAACACCAAAGUAUGGCUUUUGUAUUUAUUAUAUGAAGGUAGCGUUGAAGG